AUGAGAAAGGCGGCUGAGGCGGCGAUUGCGGACAGCGACCAGUCUUCCCCCGAAGCCGCCACCAAGGCUGCCCACUGCGGAAACGCCACUGCUGCUACCGCUGCGUCUGACCCCAAGUCACGCUCCAAGCACACUUCUUCCGUGACGGUCACCUCCCAGGAUACCGAGAGGGGUAGCUCGACUAGUGACGCUAGCUUGAAUCCGAAGAAGAGUCGUAUCGCGACGCCGGCGACGACUGCGGGCAGCAUGGACUCGGAUGAUGAUUUUAUGAGUGAUGUGUCGAGUCCGGAUGAUUUUCUGGAUACACAGGGUAGUGAUGAUGAGAGUUUGGGUGAAGAUUUCAGCGACUUAGAUACGGGCUUUUCCGACGAUAAAGAUCUCCUCACGCAAAAGCGCAAACCAUACGAGGUCAAGUUCAAGGUCUUGACUCCCUCCGAUAUCGAUCAUGAACAGCUGGUGCAGAUCAACGAUGUUUCUGCUAUCCUCGGGUUACCGCCAGAGUCGGCGGCUAUCCUACUCCGGUUCGCCCGAUGGAAAAAGGAAAAACUGAUCGAGGGGUACAUGGAGCAUGAGGAUGAGACGCUCGAAGAGGCUGGACUCGGGAGAAGCUCGCAAGGCACGGCGCGGACAGAGGUUAUCCCUGGGUUCAUGUGUGACAUCUGCUGUGAUGAAGGGGAUGAUCUAGUGAGCUAUGCGAUGCGUUGUGGGCAUCGAUUCUGUGUGGGUUGUUAUCGGCAGUAUUUGGGACAGAAGAUCAAGGAAGAGGGCGAGGCUGCUCGUAUCGAGUGCCCCGGUGAGAAUUGUCAUCGUAUAGUGGACUCCAAGUCUCUAGAUCUUUUGGUGACCGAGGACUUGCAGGAACGGUACCGCACGCUUCUUACCAGGACCUACGUGGAUGAUAGGGAUAAUCUACGGUGGUGCCCGGCACCUGAAUGCGAAUAUGCGGUUGACUGCUCCGUCAAGGCCCGCGAUCUUCGCCGCAUCGUCCCCACGGUGCGAUGCCGCUGUGGACAUGAGUUCUGCUUCGGCUGUACCCUGAACGAUCAUCAACCCACCCCAUGCACACUAGUCAAGAUGUGGUUACAAAAGUGUGAGGAUGACUCCGAGACCGCCAACUGGAUAUCUGCCAAUACCAAGGAAUGCCCCAAGUGCCAGUCCACGAUCGAGAAGAACGGCGGCUGCAACCAUAUGACCUGCCGCAAGUGCAAGCACGAGUUCUGCUGGAUGUGUAUGGGUCUCUGGUCCGAGCACGGCACCAGCUGGUACAACUGCAACCGAUACGAGGAGAAAUCUGGGUCCGAUGCUCGCGGUGCGCAGGCCAAAUCUCGUGCCUCGUUGGAACGCUACCUGCAUUACUACAACCGGUAUGCGAACCACGAGCAGUCCGCCAAGCUGGAUAAGGAUCUUUACCUCAAGACCGAGAAGAAGAUGACCAGUCUGCAGUCUGCGUCUGGUCUGUCCUGGAUCGAAGUGCAGUUCCUCGACACCGCCUCACAGGCUCUUCAACAGUGCCGCCAGACGCUGAAGUGGACAUAUGCAUUUGCAUUUUAUCUAGCGCGGAAUAAUCUCACGGAGAUUUUCGAAGAUAACCAGAAGGAUUUGGAGAUGGCGGUCGAGAGUCUGAGUGAGAUGUUUGAGAAGCCCGUGCCUGAACUGGCCGAGCUCAAGGUGGAUAUUCUCGACAAGACGGCUUACUGCAAUAAGCGGCGGGUUAUCUUGUUGAGUGAUACAGCCGAGAAUUUGAAGAAUGGAGAAUGGUCAUUCAACGUCGAGUGGUGA